CAAAGAAACGAACGAAUGCGUACCAAAUGUCAAAAUUUUUCUCACAUUCGUAAAUAGAAAUUUUUGCAUGCACAAGCACAUUACUCUUACACAUAAUAAAGAAAUAUUUGAUUAAUUUACUUUUAAAUCCCCGAUAACUUGUGAUAACUGACGAAAAUGGCCCGAGGACACCAGAAAAUCCAAUCGCAACAAAAGGCACAAGAAAAGGCCGCCAAGAUGAAAAAACAGCAGGGCCAUGGACUUAGCGAUCAGAUGAAAGCUGCUCAGAAAGCACUCGUCUUCUCCUGUGCGGUGUGUAAGUCCCAAAUGCCGGAUCCCAAGACUUACAAGCAGCACUUCGAAAACAAACAUCCCAAAUCGGAACUGCCAGCUGAUCUGAAGGAUGUAUAACGCAACUGCCGCAGCCAUGUCGUCAGGGUGCAAGUAAUCAGCAGUCAGCAUUGCUAAUCAUUCUUGUUCAUUUUACACGUAUGAAUAUGGGUUCUACAAGGGGCCGAAUCUGCGAGAGCUCGCUCGCCACAAAACUUAAGACGUUAUUCCCAGCUGUACGGGAAUGGAUCGAGAAUUUAUUUUCUUCACCAGUGAUUGACAAUGGAUAUUAGCGAAAACGGAAAAGAAAACAAAUUUAUCAAUAUUAUUUAUAGCAUUAAUGAUACAUUAUGUGCACUAAACAUAACCGAUCAAUAAGUGGUUGUUCGCAAGCAGUUCUCCAUGAUGGUUUAAAUUCUUUCGACAACAGUACCAUAGCCACUAAAAGUCAAACAAAGAUAUAUAAUGGUUGGAGUAAUGUGUAGCAAAAAAUUUUAAAACUCUGUAUCUCUACAUUUUGUUCAAUAAACAAUACAAACAUUAAA